AUGGGGCUCGGGCAAAAACCGUCCUUCUCUCUCCCUUCUCUCCCUUCUCUUCCUUCCCCUCCCCUCUUUUCCUUCUUCUCCUCCGCUCUCAUCCUCCUACUUCUCUCCUCCCCCGUCUCUGCCCUCGCCUCGUCCGCCUGGUCGGUGCUUCCCUCCAACCGCUCCACGGAUCUCUCCUGGGCCAACGGCACUCGCCUCUACCUCAAGAGUGCUUCCCUCCACCUCCCCACCAAUCUCACCCUCGCCCCGUUGACCCAGCCCGUUGCCCAAGCCGCCCUGUCCCAGCCGAAGGUUAGUCAUCGCUCCCAACCCGACGGCACCCCCAGAUCCGCUAACGCACACCCCCCAGACUUUCCACGCCACAGGGCAACUCCUCCACGUCGACGCCGCCAAUUCUCUCGCUGUCCAGUCCGGAGACAUCGCCUUCAUCAGUUGCGAUCCAUCCGCCUAUCCCGGCAAUCUCGAUGCGAGCCAACCAUUGCAAUUACACCGCGAAUGAAGGCAGUGCCCACGACUACGCCCAACGUCUUUACGGUCCUGACCCCCAACGCCUCGCAAUCCAUUCAAACCGUUCUCGACUCGGCCACCUCCGGUUCCGGCUCCAGCAGCAUCGUCGCCGACAUGUCGUUCCCCAUACAGAGUGUCCCGAUGGACAAUGGCGACAGCGGGAACUCCGGCAACAACCCCAACACCGCCAUGAUCAUCCUCUACAGCAUCACCGGCAUCAUCACGGCUCUCUUCCUGGCCAUCAUCAUCAUGGGCGCCGUCCGCGCCCACCGGCACCCCGAACGCUACGGGCCUCGCUACACUGCCGGACGCCCCCGGCAAAGUCGAGCCCGAGGGAUCGCCCGCGCCAUGCUGGAGACCAUUCCGAUCGUCAAGUUCGGCGACGACUACGACCCCAAGGCCGACCACGUCAAAGGGGACGUGGAGUUGGGCACAGACACGGAGGAGCACGCCGACGACCAAGAGCAUGAGAUGACUGCUGCGGGCAACGCCCCCGCACGGUCGACGGCUCCCGCGGAUCAACAACCGACCCCGUCAGACGAGGCAGCUCCCAACACCAACACCAACACCACUGCGACGGAUGCUUCCGCCGACAAGCGCACCGGGACGGCGGCCGAGACUAACCCGGAGAACCCGAACUUCUCCUGUCCCAUCUGUACGGACGAUUUUGUCAAAGGUCAGGAUCUGCGCGUGCUGCCAUGCCACCACAAAUUCCACCCCGAGUGUAUUGACCCGUGGUUGGUGAAUGUCUCUGGAACCUGUCCCCUCUGCCGGAUCGAUCUGAAUCCCCCGCAAGCCGAGGGUGAGACGGAGCAGGACGAAACCGACGCGGCCCACGCUCCGACCGAGACUCCGCGCGAAGGCACGCCGGAUCCCACGAGUGGUCACCGGCGCCGACUCAGCAACUACCUCCAUGGGCCGUUGAACGCCCGCCGGAUGCGCGACGCCAGCGUGGAGGAGCGGAUCGCGGCGCUGCGCAGCGUGCGCGAAGAGGCGACGACGAAUCCGCCGGCGGCGACGGAAGAUGCGGACCGUCGACGGAGUCGUCUGACGCAGCGGUUGCGUGAUCGGUUCCGUAUCCGCACGCAGCCCCAUCGGGAGGAGGCGUGA